AUGGGGGAGGAAUCUGAGAGCUCUUACAACGAACUGCUGCAGCUGCUGCUGCAGCAACAGAGCGCCGAUGUCCUGUUGCAAGUGCUGCAGCUGUUGCUGCAGUGCAGUGCGGACGCAGAUUUUAUUCGAUUCCUUAUAGAGGGAUUCUCCGCCAGCAGGCACGGCCAGAAGCAGCAGCAACAACAACAACAGCAGCAGCAACAACAGCAGCAGCACCAACACAACCCCGUCAUCCACGGUCUGCGCCGUCUCCUGCGUCUCAUUGGCAGCAGGGACGGCCGCCUCUCCGCAAUGAGCACCGAAGUGUUGAUUAAUUUGACUGCUAAUGAAACCUUAGCUUCCCUCAUGUUGUACGAGUACAAGGACAUGACAAAUGUGUUGAUGGAAAACCUGAAGCAGCAGCAGCAGCAGCAGCAGCAGCAGCACCAGCAAGGGAACGAGGAUGCUGUCCCCCUGCACAUUGGCAUCACCUUGAUGCUGCUGUCAAACAUCACAAGACACAAAGCAGCAAUCGAUGCUGUUUUCUCUCCCCAACUGCCAGUUCCAGAUUAUCACUUGUUGCCCUGUCUGCUGCUUCUCCACGAGGCCCCCCGUGAUCCCCAAAAUGUUUACUGGAAGGAGCAGGGUUUGUUUCUGCUGCACAUUCUGCGAAACGUGACGGCCAACGACGAGGCUGUGGAGUUUUUGCUGCUGCGGCGAAUGAAGACGCUGAACAAACUCAUGGACCUCCUGAGGCAUUUGCCUCCUCUUUGCCAAGCACCCUUCUUGCUGCUGGCCUUGAGGCUUGCCUGCCGUGAGCAGCUGCAUCCCUUGCUGCUGCCAGUAGAUCACAAUAAGCUACAGCAAACCGUGCAGAAACAGUACAGCCAACAGCAGCAGCAGCAGCAGGAACCUUCUCCAGAAGAAGACUGCCAACUCCUGUUGGCCCUUUGCUGCUUCCUCUACCCCAAACCAGACAGUGUUGAGCGUGCAAAAGCCCGAGACGAACUGGCAGCUCAAGAUGCAGAGGAAGACAAGCAGCGGCAGCAGCAGCGGCAGCAGCAGGACCAAGAGCAGCAGCAGCAGAAGCAGCAGCAGAUGGGCGUUACCGAGCGAGAGCGUUUGCGCUUUCUGCACCCGACAGUUGAUGCCUGCAGCUACGGGCCAGCGGCUUCUGCUGAAGGCCGCAGUCUCGCUGUGGAGUGUCUGGCGGCCUUAGCUACAUCUCCUCAUGGGCGGUAA